GGAUUAUAAAGGAUCUUCUGACUGGAAGUGUUCUUCUACUUCUUGCCAACUCGCUUGACUGGGGUCUACUCGGAUAUUGCGAGUCUGCUUGUUGUUGAAGGCACUAUCUCCAAUCAUGUCUGCGGAUCCCUAUGAUUCUGAUGCUACGAUUUCGUGGCAUGGAUGGGACCAUCUGGAAGAUGGCCAAAUGACGAUUGCACCGCCGGUGCCAUUUGUCCCGGCAGUUCCAGCAGUCCCAACUGUCCAGCAGCAGCCGCGCGACGAACCGUUGGACAUGUACAUGGGGAUGGAUGCAGAGACCAGGGAGGAAUUUAAGGAAAUGCUAAUCAAUUUCGCUCGUAAGAUGAUGUUCGUCUCUGGUGAGACUGCCGAACCGUCCGUCGAAACCACGACUCUCAUUGAGGACAUUGUGCGCCAGCAAGUUGUCGAAAUUCUCGCACGAAGCACCGCCCUAGCGACUCGUCGCGGCGUGCGGUCUAUCUCUACCGAUGAUUUGAUCUUUCUCAUUCGCCAUGACAAGGCCAAGGUGUCGCGUCUCAAGACGUUCCUGUCCUGGAAAGAUGUCCGCAAGAACGUCAAGGACUCUGACGACAAAGGCGGCUCUGAUGCUGCAGACUUCGCAGGAGCUGAUGACCCCAUCGCCGGCGGAGUCGUCGCAGGACCGCAGGAUGUUGCGUCAAAGCCCAAGAAUAAGCGUGCUCGCGUUGGUCUUGCCUGGGACGUGAACAGCUUCUACUCGGUGCAGGUUCCCGAACGCGAGGACGAAGAAGAUGAGGAAGAGGAGGAGCAGAACUACGCUACGCUCCAGCGCCUCGCCGCGGCCGACGAACGUACUAAGAACAUGACCAAGGAAGAGUAUGUGUUCUGGUCAGAAUGUCGCCAGGCUUCGUUCACCUACCGCAAAAGUAAACGGUUCCGCGAGUGGGCCGGCUUCGGCAUUGUGACCGAGUCCAAGCCAAACGACGAUAUCGUUGAUAUCCUCGGUUUCUUGACUUUUGAAAUUGUGCAGACUCUGACCGAGGAAGCACUCAAGGUCAAGGAGCGGGAAGACCGCGAGAAGAACCGUCGUGGAGGUGGUGAGAACGGCGAGAGCAGUAAGAAGCGUACGCGCGAGACUGGAUUGUUCGAUCCCCCUGAGGAGGGUCGUACCCCAGUUGAGACCAGACAUAUUCGCGAAGCGUAUCGGAAGCUGCAGGCGACUCCUAAUAAGAACAUUGCCAUGCUGCUGCACAAUGGACGCCUGCCGGCUAAGAUGCCAUUGCGAUUGAUUUGAGGAACUAUUGGCGUUAGCGAUGGCGUGGGCCACAAUUUCAUGAUACCCUUGGAGUUACGAUAACAUGAUUCUUUAUUUUUC